GUGCAUGGUGUCAUCUCUUUAUACGGCGCAACCAUACAAUCUCAGCCGCCUUCACCUGGCAAAAAUAGAAGCCUUUCUUUGGGCCGCCAAGCCAAGCGAUCAGUCAUUCCGCCUGACUCUGUCAUGCCUUCUGGUGGACGAGCCGAGAGCGUUUGCAAGCCCAGCUCUCCGACAUCGAUACCAUCACUCUCGUAUUCGGCGAGUCUUCUUCCCUGCCUCGAGGAGAGCCGUACGUCAGGCGGCCCAGGCAGCAGUUGCGGCCGUCCCUAUGGCAGAUUGCCUGAGGUCAAUGACAAAUCAUUGGUCGAAGGGACGGCCAUGGCCCUCAAAGAGGUCGCCACUGGAAGGGAGACUUUCGCGAUUGUGGUCGCCUUUUCUCAAGACGACACAGAGCUCGCCUCCGCCCCGCUGGACGGAAGCCGCAGUGCUACAAACAGUCUUCACCGGCGGCCAAAAGACGUAGACACCGCCACUUCUGGCCGCAUGAUGCUGCCGACGCGUUGCAAGUCUUCGGCCAGACGGGCCGGAACUGAUUCGGCUGCCGCCUCCACCGGCUGGGCGCCUUGGACGAGACGACGACGGCGUCGGAUCAAGUUUGCGGCCGCCGAUACGGCGCAAUGUGAGGCCUGGGUGGAAGAUUUGAGGCGUGUCGUCGACCGGUUGAAUGCGUCAACCAGUGACCCCGACCUCCUCUCCAAGACCGUUAAGUCGGCCCGGGACUGGGUGGAUCGUCAAGAUGACGAGGUGGCGACCAGCCAGACUCAACGCAGUGACCACGCACGGCUAGUUACAACUCGACCACAGGGCAAAAAGAGUGCCAUCAUCAUGCCAGACGGUGAGUUGGACUGUCUUUCAAUGUACCGUCAUGAUCCGAGUGCAUAUGGAAUGAAGUAUACCUAA